CGGGCACCGGGACUCACCGGGGGCGCCGGGGCACAGCGGGGCUGAGAGCAGCAUCCACACCGGCACCGAUACCGAUACCGACACCGACACCGAUACCGACACGGGCCGGGCCAUCACACACCGCCACCGACGCGGGCCGGGGCAUUAGAGACCGGCACCGACCUGACCUGACCCGAGCCGACCCGGGCCGGGCCGCCGACACAGAUCCGGGCUGGGGUAGCAGAGAUCGGCACCCGCCACCGGCACCCGCAGCCGACCCUCACCAGGCCGGGGGACCCGAGACCGGCACCCCCGACCGACCCCCGCAGGGCCGCGCUUUCGCUUUCGUUGGUCCCUGGCCCGGUCCCUCGCGGCGCUCUCCCCGCCGGGCGAAGGCGGCAGCAGCCCGGCCCGGUGCCCGGGGGUGUGAGGAAGCGGGCCCGGCACCGCACGGAGCCAUGGCCAUCGCGGCCGUGCCCGCGGCCGAGUCCCGGCUCUGCGGCAACUGCAAAAAGGAUAUUCCUGCAGUUAAUUUCAUCAUCCAUGAAAUCCACUGUAGAAGAAAUAUUGAAAUAUGCCCCUACUGCAGUGACUCCAUCCCAAAGUCUGAGAUGAAGAACCACAUUGAGUCUGAACAUGUGCAGGUCACCUGCAAGUGUAGGAUGAAGAUGGAAAGCAGCCUCCUGAAGGAUCACGAGGCAUCCUCGUGCCCCCUGCGCCCCGUGCUGUGCCAGUUCUGUGACAUCCAGCUGGCCUUCAACAAGCUCCAGGAGCACGAGCUCUACUGCGGGGCCAGGACCGAGCCCUGCGGGCGCUGCGGCCGCAACGUCCUGGUCAGGGAGCUCAAGGAGCAUCCCCGGGUCUGUGGGAGAGAGGAGAAGGCAGCCAAGGGGAGCAGGAGAGCGCCGGGAUUUGGGAAGGAGGAUGGAGCCGUGAGGAGCCGACCGGGAGCAGGGGAUGAGCUGGAGAGACCUGAAAUCCUUCAUUCCCAACUUCCUGAAGACUGGAACGCUGACCUGGACUAUGUGUUGGCUCUCAGCCUGCAGAGUGAGAAUAAUCCUCACCAUAAUACUGCAGCUGAGAUUCCCAGGGAUUUCUGGGAAUACAACUACACCAAAGAGCCUGGACAAUCUGCCCAUCUGGGUGGAACUGACCUGUCCAACAUCUUCACUGACUCUCCAGGCUCCUUUAGUACAUCAAACCAUAGCAAAAUAGACAAGGAUGUGAUCAUGCUGCCCUGUGAGUUCUGUGAGGAGCUGUGCCCUGCUGAAGAUCUGAUCCUUCACCAGACAGGGUGUAACCCAGCAAGUGCCUUUGCCUCGUUCAGUAAGAGAAGUUCUUCUCCAAAUCCAUGGGAAUACGGUGGUCUGCAAGCUGGGGUGUCCAACAGCCGCAGGGCUGUCCCUUCAUCCCAGCCCCAAGCUGUCCAGGCAGAAGGAGACAUCAUGAUUCCAUGUGAAUUCUGUGGCAUCCAACUGGAAGAGGAGAUUCUUUUUCAUCACCAGCAUCACUGUGACCUGCGUCCUGCCAGCCCCACAGGUGACAUUCCAGCCCGGGAGCUGCCGGCUCCUCAGCCCUGCGGGGACAGACGGGAAUCGCCAGAGCCGGCUCGGCGACGGAUCCGGCACCAAGGAGAUGUUUCUCCUUGGCACACAGAAAGCUUUGGGAAGCUGGGGCUGUGCUCUGCUCCGGGGUCCAGGCUGAGGAUGGAGACGGCCAAGGCUGGGAAUGCAGCGUUGUCCCCCCCAGGGAGAGCUGGUGACGCUCCGGCCACAAGGGGGAAGCCCGGGAAGGGGAAUGGCAGCGAGGGGACACCGAAGGACAGAGGUGACUCUGCAGCUGGGACAGUGCCACGAGUGAGACCUGCUCAGCGCUUCCAGGCAGAAACCUUCACUUCCAGCUCCUCCAGAACUUCUCCAGCCCAGCCAAGCUCCAGCACUGCAGGGGGAAGGAGCCUCGGGCUGUCGGACGGGCGCAGCGGCCUCCGGCGCCGGAGCUCCAAGGCAAAAGCCCAGAGCCCAGCGGCCGGACAGGCGGAGGAGUGAGCCGGUGCCUGUGGAAAACGUGGAGCGCCUGGCCCCGUUCCCAGGCUCUGCCAGACCUGUUGGUCUGAGUGCAAGUAAAUUUCAACACUGAGCUUCAAUUUUUAGGCAGUGACCAUUUUCUAAAUCUCUAUUUUUAAUCUGUGAGAGCAAAGUUCAGGUUUUUAUGUCUCUGAUCGCCUUGAGCACCACCCCAAGGCAUCAAGCAGAAUCUCACCUUGGGGCCCCACCUGAAUUCUGUGCCCGUGUGGGCUCCUUGUGCCGCCCCAGCGUGGGAUUUGUGCCACCCCGAGCUCCCGCUGUGUCCUGCCCUGGAAUGCUCAGGCACAGCCAGUGACUCCAGCAGGGAGCAGUUGGUGCUCUGGACCUGUCCCACACAGAGCAGGGUCGAGGACUGGGGCUCCAAGGCUUCUCAGUGCUGCAUUUUCAAUUUAAAAGCUUUUUAGGUUCCUUGGAAUAAAAUUUCUCUGAUGCUGUCCCAAA